AUGCUUGGUCAUCGCCUCGUGACGAAUCAGACUCCCCCCAGCGGCCUUCCGGUUGAGCAGCUAUACAUCUACAGAGCCGUUGAUAUUGCGAAGGAAUACUACCUGGCCGUCACUUUCGAUCGUGAAAAGGCCACGCCGGUGCUCUUGAUGUCUGAUGAAGGAGGGGUCAACGUCGAGUCAAACGUAAAUCAACUCCAGCGGUUCCGGUUCCAUUUCUCUACUGGCAUCACCCAUGAGAUCAUAGCCUACAUCGAGGCCCAGUUUGGAUUUUCCGAUGCCGAAAUAGGGGCGAUCUCGCACAUCCUGCAUCAACUAGUACGGCUGUUUCGGGAAAAAGAUGCCAUUCUCCUUGAGCUGAAUCCUCUUGCGCGCACGACAGAGGGAUCGUUUAUUUGUCUGGAUGCAAAAAUGAACUUUGACGAUUCGGCCAGAUUUCGACAACACGACUUGUUUUGCCUCGAAGAACAUCCCCCGGAGGAGAAGGAUGAAUAUGAAGCUUCGCAGCUGGGUCUUUCCUAUGUCCGUCUCGAUGGCAAUAUUGGUGUUAUUGUUAAUGGGGCUGGUUUGGCCAUGGCGACAAAUGACUUGGUGACUUUGUACGGCGGCAAAUGUGCAAACUUCUUGGACAUUGGUGGGGGUGCAACAAGGGAGACAUUGUCAAAGGCAUUUUCGAUUCUGCAGGGCGAUGCACGCAUCAAGGCCCUCCUCGUAAACAUAUACGGCGGAAUCGUUCGCUGUGAUAUGGUGGCCGAGUCGAUUCUUGCUGCUUAUGCGGCCACGGGGGGGUUCAGGUUUCCGGUCGUGGUCCGCCUUCAAGGGACAAACUGCGAAGAGGGCUCUCAUUUGGGAAGUACAUACUUUCCAUUUUCUACUGCCAAUCGCUAA